UAUCUAUUCCUGAUAUUGGGAGGUUUCUCCUUAUCAUUGGGACAAAUGACCACAAUAACAUCAACUACAACACAGACAACGACAACCACAUCCACAACGGCCCCAACAACAUCGUCAACAACAACGACACCCACAACGGCCCCAACAACAACAUCGUCAACAACAGCAUCAACAACCACACCAACAACGGUGAGAACCACAUCCACAACUGCCCCAACAACAACAUCGUCAACGACAGCAUCAACAACGACGCCCACAACAACUACAACCACAUCCACAACGGUCCCAACAACAACAUGGUCAACAACAGCAUCAACAACGACACCAACUACCACCAUAUCCCCAACUGCCCCAACUACAACAUCGUCAACAAUAGCAUCAACAACGACACCCACAACGACCACAUCCACAUCGGCCCAAACAACAACAUCGUCAACAACAGCAUCAACAAUCACACCAACAACGGUGAGAACCACAUCCACAACUGCCCCAACAACAACAUCAUCAACAACAGCAUUAACAACGACACCCACAACGACCACAUCCACAACGGCCCCAACAACAACAUCGUCAACAACAGCAUCAACAACCACACCAACAACAGUGAGAACCACAUCCACAACGGCCCCAACAACAACAUCGUCAACAACAGCAUCAACAACGACACCCACAAUGAUUACAACCACAUCCGCAAUGGCCCCAACAAUAUCGUCAACGACAGCAUCAAUAACGACACCCACAACAAUAAACAGAUCUACAACAGCCCCUACAACAAAAUCGUCAACAACAGCAUCAUCAACGACACCCACAACAAUAAACAGAUCUACAACGGCCCCUACAACAAAAUCGUCAACAACAGCAUCAUCAAUGACGCCCACAACAAUGACAACAUCCACAACGGCCCCAACAACAACAUCGUCAACAACAGCAUCAUCAACGACACCCACAACAAUAAACAGAUCUACAACGGCCCCUACAACAAAAUCGUUAACAACAGUAUCAACAACGACGCCCACAACCACUACAACCACAUCCACAACUGCCCCAACAACAACAUCGUCAACAACAGCAUUAACGACACCCACAACGACCACAUCCACAACGGCCCCAACAACAAUAUCAUCGACAACAGCAUCAACAACGACGCCCACAACCACUACAACCACAUCCACAACGUCCCCAACAACAACAUCAACGAUAGCAUCAACAACGAAACCCACAAUGACCACAUCCACAACGGCCCCAACAACAACAUCGUCAACGACAGCAUCAACAGCGACACCCACAACGACCACAUCCACAACGGCCCCAACAACAACAUCAUCGACAACAGUAUCAACAACGACGCCCACAACCACUACAACCACAUCCACAACUGCCCCAACAACAACAUCGUCAACAACAGCAUUAACGACACCCACAACGACCACAUCCACAACGGCCCCAACAACAAUAUCAUCGACAACAGCAUCAACAACGACGCCCACAACCACUACAACCACAUCCACAACGUCCCCAACAACAACAUCAACGACAGCAUCAACAACGAAACCCAAAAUGACCACAUCCACAACGGCCCCAACAACAACAUCGUCAACGACAGCAUCAACAGCGACACCCACAACGACCACAUCCACAACGGCCCCAACAACAACAUCAUCGACAACAGUAUCAACAACGACGCCCACAACCACUACAACCACAUCCACAACUACCCCAACAACAACAUGGUCAACAACAGAAUCAACAACGACACCAACUACCACCACAUCCCCAACUGCCCCAACUACAACAUCGUCAACAACAGCAUCAACUACGACACCCACAACGACCACAUCCACAACGGCCCCAUCAACAACACUGUCAACGACAGCAUCAACAACCACACCAACAACGGUGAGAACCACAUCCACAACGGCCCCAACAACAACAUUGUCAACAACAGCAUCAACAACGACACCGACAACAAUGACAACCAGAUCCACAACGGCCCCAACAACAACAUCAACGACAGCAUCAACAACGACACCCACAACAAUAAACAGAUCUACAACGGCCCCUACAACAAAAUCGUUAACAACAGUAUCAACAACGACGCCCACAACUACUACAACCACAUCCACAACUGCCCCAACAACAACAUCGUCAACAACAGCAUUAACGACACCCACAACGACCACAUCCACAACGGCCCCAACAACAAUAUCAUCGACAACAGCAUCAACAACGACGCCCACAACCACUACAACCACAUCCACAACGUCCCCAACAACAACAUCAACGACAGCAUCAACAACGAAACCCAAAAUGACCACAUCCACAACGGCCCCAACAACAACAUCGUCAACGACAGCAUCAACAGCGACACCCACAACGACCACAUCCACAACGGCCCCAACAACAACAUCAUCGACAACAGUAUCAACAACGACGCCCACAACCACUACAACCACAUCCACAACUACCCCAACAACAACAUCGUCAACAACAGCAUUAACAACGACACCCACAACGACCACAUCCACAACGGCCCCAACAACAAUAUCAUCGACAACAGCAUCAACAACGACGCCCACAACCACUACAACCACAUCCACAACAUCCCCAACAACAUCAACGACAGCAUCAACAACGAAACCCACAAUGACCACAUCCACAACGGCCCCAACAACAACAUCAUCGACAACAGUAUCAACAACGACGCCCACAACCACUACAACCACAUCCACAACUGCCCCAACAACAACAUCGUCAACAACAGCAUUAACAACGACACCCACAACGACCACAUCCACAACGGCCCCAACAACAAUAUCAUCGACAACAGCAUCAACAACGACGCCCACAACCACUACAACCACAUCCACAACGUCCCCAACAACAACAUCAACGACAGCAUCAACAACGAAACCCACAAUGACCACAUCCACAACGGCCCCAACAACAACAUCGUCAACGACAGCAUCAAAAGCGACACCCACAACGACCACAUCCACAACGGCCCCAACAACAACAUCGUCAACAACAGUAUCAACAACGACGCCCACAACCACUACCACCACAUCCCCAACUGCCCCAACUACAACAUCGUCAACAACAGGAUCAACAACCACUCCAACAACGGUGAGAACCACAUCCACCACGGCCCCAACAACAACAUCGUCAACGACAGCAUCAACAACGACGCCCACAACAACUACAACCACAUCCACAUCGUUCCCAACAACAACAUGGUCAACAACAGAAUCAACAACGACACCAACUACCACCACAUCCCCAACUGCCCCAACUACAACAUCGUCAACAACAGCAUCAACUACGACACCCACAACGACCACAUCCACAACGGCCCCAUCAACAACACUGUCAACGACAGCAUCAACAACCACACCAACAACGGUGAGAACCACAUCCACAACGGCCCCAACAACAACAUUGUCAACAACAGCAUCAACAACGACACCGACAACAAUGACAACCAGAUCCACAACGGCCCCAACAACAACAUCAACGACAGCAUCAACAACGACACCCACAACAAUAAACAGAUCUACAACGGCCCCUACAACAAAAUCGUUAACAACAGUAUCAACAACGACGCCCACAACUACUACAACCACAUCCACAACUGCCCCAACAACAACAUCGUCAACAACAGCAUUAACGACACCCACAACGACCACAUCCACAACGGCCCCAACAACAAUAUCAUCGACAACAGCAUCAACAACGACGCCCACAACCACUACAACCACAUCCACAACGUCCCCAACAACAACAUCAACGACAGCAUCAACAACGAAACCCAAAAUGACCACAUCCACAACGGCCCCAACAACAACAUCGUCAACGACAGCAUCAACAGCGACACCCACAACGACCACAUCCACAACGGCCCCAACAACAACAUCAUCGACAACAGUAUCAACAACGACGCCCACAACCACUACAACCACAUCCACAACUACCCCAACAACAACAUCGUCAACAACAGCAUUAACAACGACACCCACAACGACCACAUCCACAACGGCCCCAACAACAAUAUCAUCGACAACAGCAUCAACAACGACGCCCACAACCACUACAACCACAUCCACAACGUCCCCAACAACAUCAACGACAGCAUCAACAACGAAACCCACAAUGACCACAUCCACAACGGCCCCAACAACAACAUCAUCGACAACAGUAUCAACAACGACGCCCACAACCACUACAACCACAUCCACAACUGCCCCAACAACAACAUCGUCAACAACAGCAUUAACAACGACACCCACAACGACCACAUCCACAACGGCCCCAACAAUAUCAUCGACAACAGCAUCAACAACGACGCCCACAACCACUACAACCACAUCCACAACGUCCCCAACAACAACAUCAACGACAGCAUCAACAACGAAACCCACAAUGACCACAUCCACAACGGCCCCAACAACAACAUCGUCAACGACAGCAUCAACAGCGACACCCACAACGACCACAUCCACAACGGCCCCAACAACAAUAUCGUCAACAACAGUAUCAACAACGACACCCACAACCACUACCACCACAUCCCCAACUGCCCCAACUACAACAUCGUCAACAACAGGAUCAACAACCACUCCAACAACGGUGAGAACCACAUCCACCACGGCCCCAACAACAACAUCAUCAACGACAGCAUCAACAACGACGCCCACAACAACUACAACCACAUCCACAUCGGUCCCAACAACAACAUGGUCAACAACAGAAUCAACAACGACACCAACUACCACCACAUCCCCAACUGCCCCAACUACAACAUCGUCAACAACAGCAUCAACUACGACACCCACAACGACCACAUCCACAACGGCCCCAUCAACAACACUGUCAACGACAGCAUCAACAACCACACCAACAACGGUGAGAACCACAUCCACAACGGCCCCAACAACAACAUUGUCAACAACAGCAUCAACAACGACACCGACAACGACGACAACCAGAUCCACAACGGCCCCAACAACAACAUCAUCGACAACAGUAUCAACAACGACGCCCACAACCACUACAACCACAUCCACAACUGCCCCAACAACAACAUCGUCAACAACAGCAUUAACGACACCCACAACGACCACAUCCACAACGUCCCCAACAACAAUAUUAUCGACAACAGCAUCAACAACGAUGCCCACAACCACUACAACCACAUCCACAACGUCCCCAACAACAACAUCAACGACAGCAUCAACAACGAAACCCAAAAUGACCACAUCCACAAGGGCCCCAACAACAACAUCGUCAACAACAGCAUCAACAACGACACCCACAACAAUGACAACCACAUCCACAACGGCCCCAACAACAACAUUGUCAACAACAGCAUCAACAACGACACCCACAACAAUGACAACCACAUCCACAACGGCCCCAACAACAACAUCAACGACAGCAUCAACAACAACAGCAUCAACAACGACAACCACAACGACGACAACCACAUCCACAACGGCCCCAAUAACAACAUUGUCAACAACAGCAUCAACAACGACACCCACAACGACCACAUCCACAACGGCCCCAACAACAAUAUCAUCGACAACAGCAUCAACAACGACACCCACAACAAUGACAACCAGAUCCACAACGGCCCCAACAACAACAUUGUCAACAACAGCAUCAACAACGACACCCACAACAAUGACAACCACAUCCACAACGGCCCCAACAACAACAUCAACGACAGCAUCAACAACGACAGCAUCAACAACGACAACCACAACGACGACAACCACAUCCACAACGGCCCCAAUAACAACAUUGUCAACAACAGCAUCAACAACGACACCCACAACGACCACAUCCACAACGGCCCCAACAACAAUAUCAUCGACAACAGCAUCAACAACGACGCCCACAACCACUACAACCACAUCCACAACGUCCCCAACAACAACAUCAACGACAGCAUCAACAACGAAACCCAUAAUGACCACAUCCACAACGGCCCCAACAACAACAUCAUCGACAACAGUAUCAACAACGACGCCCACAACCACUACAACCACAUCCACAACUGCCCCAACAACAACAUCGUCAACAACAGCAUUAACAACGACACCCACAACGACCACAUCCACAACGGCCCCAACAACAUCAUCGACAACAGUAUCAACAACGACGCCCACAACCACUACAACCACAUCCACAACUGCCCCAACAACAACAUUGUCAACAACAGCAUUAACGACACCCACAACGACCACAUCCACAACGGCCCCAACAACAAUAUCAUCGACAACAGCAUCAACGACGCCCACAACCACUACAACCACAUCCACAACGUCCCCAACAACAACAUCAACGACAGCAUCAACAACGAAACCCAAAAUGACCACAUCCACAACGGCCCCAACAACAACAUCGUCAACGACAGCAUCAACAGCGACACCCACAACGACCACAUCCACAACGGCCCCAACAACAACAUCAUCGACAACAGUAUCAACAACGACGCCCACAACCACUACAACCACAUCCACAACUACCCCAACAACAACAUCGUCAACAACAGCAUUAACAACGACACCCACAACGACCACAUCCACAACGGCCCCAACAACAAUAUCAUCGACAACAGCAUCAACAACGACGCCCACAACCACUACAACCACAUCCACAACGUCCCCAACAACAUCAACGACAGCAUCAACAACGAAACCCACAAUGACCACAUCCACAACGGCCCCAACAACAACAUCAUCGACAACAGUAUCAACAACGACGCCCACAACCACUACAACCACAUCCACAACUGCCCCAACAACAACAUCGUCAACAACAGCAUUAACAACGACACCCACAACGACCACAUCCACAACGGCCCCAACAAUAUCAUCGACAACAGCAUCAACAACGACGCCCACAACCACUACAACCACAUCCACAACGUCCCCAACAACAACAUCAACGACAGCAUCAACAACGAAACCCACAAUGACCACAUCCACAACGGCCCCAACAACAACAUCGUCAACGACAGCAUCAACAGCGACACCCACAACGACCACAUCCACAACGGCCCCAACAACAAUAUCGUCAACAACAGUAUCAACAACGACACCCACAACCACUACCACCACAUCCCCAACUGCCCCAACUACAACAUCGUCAACAACAGGAUCAACAACCACUCCAACAACGGUGAGAACCACAUCCACCACGGCCCCAACAACAACAUCAUCAACGACAGCAUCAACAACGACGCCCACAACAACUACAACCACAUCCACAUCGGUCCCAACAACAACAUGGUCAACAAGAGAAUCAACAACGACACCAACUACCACCACAUCCCCAACUGCCCCAACUACAACAUCGUCAACAACAGCAUCAACUACGACACCCACAACGACCACAUCCACAACGGCCCCAUCAACAACACUGUCAACGACAGCAUCAACAACCACACCAACAACGGUGAGAACCACAUCCACAACGGCCCCAACAACAACAUUGUCAACAACAGCAUCAACAACGACACCGACAACGACGACAACCAGAUCCACAACGGCCCCAACAACAACAUCAUCGACAACAGUAUCAACAACGACGCCCACAACCACUACAACCACAUCCACAACUGCCCCAACAACAACAUCGUCAACAACAGCAUUAACGACACCCACAACGACCACAUCCACAACGUCCCCAACAACAAUAUUAUCGACAACAGCAUCAACAACGAUGCCCACAACCACUACAACCACAUCCACAACGUCCCCAACAACAACAUCAACGACAGCAUCAACAACGAAACCCAAAAUGACCACAUCCACAAGGGCCCCAACAACAACAUCGUCAACAACAGCAUCAACAACGACACCCACAACAAUGACAACCACAUCCACAACGGCCCCAACAACAACAUUGUCAACAACAGCAUCAACAACGACACCCACAACAAUGACAACCACAUCCACAACGGCCCCAACAACAACAUCAACGACAGCAUCAACAACAACAGCAUCAACAACGACAACCACAACGACGACAACCACAUCCACAACGGCCCCAAUAACAACAUUGUCAACAACAGCAUCAACAACGACACCCACAACGACCACAUCCACAACGGCCCCAACAACAAUAUCAUCGACAACAGCAUCAACAACGACACCCACAACAAUGACAACCAGAUCCACAACGGCCCCAACAACAACAUUGUCAACAACAGCAUCAACAACGACACCCACAACAAUGACAACCACAUCCACAACGGCCCCAACAACAACAUCAACGACAGCAUCAACAACGACAGCAUCAACAACGACAACCACAACGACGACAACCACAUCCACAACGGCCCCAAUAACAACAUUGUCAACAACAGCAUCAACAACGACACCCACAACGACCACAUCCACAACGGCCCCAACAACAAUAUCAUCGACAACAGCAUCAACAACGACGCCCACAACCACUACAACCACAUCCACAACGUCCCCAACAACAACAUCAACGACAGCAUCAACAACGAAACCCAUAAUGACCACAUCCACAACGGCCCCAACAACAACAUCAUCGACAACAGUAUCAACAACGACGCCCACAACCACUACAACCACAUCCACAACUGCCCCAACAACAACAUCGUCAACAACAGCAUUAACAACGACACCCACAACGACCACAUCCACAACGGCCCCAACAACAUCAUCGACAACAGUAUCAACAACGACGCCCACAACCACUACAACCACAUCCACAACUGCCCCAACAACAACAUUGUCAACAACAGCAUUAACGACACCCACAACGACCACAUCCACAACGGCCCCAACAACAAUAUCAUCGACAACAGCAUCAACGACGCCCACAACCACUACAACCACAUCCACAACGUCCCCAACAACAUCAACGACAGCAUCAACAACGAAACCCACAAUGACCACAUCCACAACAGCCCCAACAACAACAUCAUCGACAACAGUAUCAACAACGACGCCCACAACCACUACAACCACAUCCACAACUGCCCCAACAACAACAUCGUCAACAACAGGAUCAACAACCACUCCAACAACGGUGAGAACCACAUCCACCACGGCCCCAACAACAACAUCGUCAACGACAGCAUCAACAACGACACCCACAACGACCACAUCCACAACGGCCCCAACAACAACAUCGUCAACAACAGCAUCAACAACGACUCCCACAACGACGACAACCACAUCCGCAACGGCCCCAACAACAACAUCAUCAACAACAGCAUUAACAACGACACCCACAACGACCACAUCCACAACGGCCCGAACAACAACAUCAUCAACAACAUCAUCAACAACCACACCAACAACGGUGAGAACCACAUCCACAACGGCCCCAACAACAACAUCGUCAACAACAGCAUCAACAACCACACCAACAACGGUGAGAACCACAUCCACAACGGCCCCAACUACAACAUCGUCAACGUCAGCAUCGACAACGACUCCCACAACGACGACAACCACAUCCACAACGGCCGCAACAACAACAUCGUCAACAACAGGAUCAACAACCACUCCAACAACGGUGAGAACCACAUCCACCACGGCCCCAACAACAACAUCGUCAACGACAGCAUCAACAACGACGCCCACAACAACUACAACCACAUCCACAUCGGUCCCAACAACAACAUGGUCAACAACAGAAUCAACAACGACACCAAGUACCACCACAUCCCCAACUGCCCCAACUACAACAUCGUCAACAACAGCAUCAACUACGACACCCACAACGACCACAUCCACAACUGCCCCAACAACAACAUUGUCAACAACAGCAUCAACAACGAGACCCACAACAAUGACAACCACAUCCACAACGGCCGCAACAACAACAUCGUCAACAACAGGAUCAACAACCACUCCAACAACGGUGAGAACCACAUCCACCACGGCCCCAACAACAUCGUCAACGACAGCAUCAACAACGACGCCCACAACAACUACAACCACAUCCACAACUGCCCCAACAACGACAUCGUCAACAUCAGCAUUAACAACGACACCCACAACGACCACAUCCACAACGGCCCCAACAACAAUAUCAUCGACAACAGCAUCAACAACGACGCCCACAACCACUACAACCACAUCCACAACGUCCCCAACAACAUCAACGACAGCAUCAACAACGAAACCCACAAUGACCACAUCCACAUCCACAACGGCCGCAACAACAUCGUCAACGACAGCAUCAACAACGAUGCCGACAACAACUACAACCACAUCCACCACGGCCCCAACAACAACAUCGUCAACGACAGCAUCAACAACGACGCCCACAACAACUACAACCACAUCCACAUCGGUCCCAACAACAACAUGGUCAACAACAGCAUCAACAACGACACCAACUACCACCGCAUCCCCAACUGCCCCAACUACAACAUCGUCAACAACAGCAUCAACAACGACACCCACAACGACCACAUCCACAACGGCCCCAACAACAACAUCGUCAACAACAGCAUCAACAACGACUCCCACAACGACGACAACCACAUCCGUAACGGCCCCAACAACAACAUCGUCAUCAACAGCAUCAACAACGACACCCACAACAAUGACAACCACAUCCACAACGGCCGCAACAACAACAUCGUCAACAACAGGAUCAACAACCACUCCAACAACGGUGAGAACCACAUCCACCACGGCCCCAACAACAACAUCGUCAACGACAGCAUCAACAACAACGCCCACAACAACUACAACCACAUCCACAACUGCCCCAACAACGACAUCGUCAACAACAGCAUUAACAACGACACCCACAACGACCACAUCCACAACGGCCCCAACAACAAUAUCAUCGACAACAGCAUCAACAACGACGCCCACAACCACUACAACCACAUCCACAACGUCCCCAACAACAACAUCAACGACAGCAUCAACAACGAAACCCACAAUGACCACAUCCACAACGGCCCCAACAACAACAUUGUCAACGACAGCAUCAAAAACGACACCCACAACGACCACAUCCACAACGGCCCCAACAACAACAUCGUCAACAACAGCAUCAACAACGACACCCACAACAAUGACAACCACAUCCACAACAGCCCCAACAUCAAUGACAGCAUCAACAGCGACACCCACAACGACCACAUCCACAACGGCCCCAACAACAACAUCGUCAAAAACAGUAUCAACAACGACGCCCAUAACCACUACAACCACAUCCACAACAGCCCCAACAACAACAUCGUCAACAACAGCAUCAACAGCGACACCCACAACGACCACAUCCACAACGGCCCCAACAACAACAUCGUCAACAACAGCAUCAACAACCACACCAACAACGGUGAGAACCACAUCCACAACAGCCCCAACAAAAACAUCGUCAACGACAGCAUCAACAACGACGCCCACAAGAACUACGACCACAUCCACAACGGUCCCAACAACAUGGUCAACAACAGCAUCAACAACGACACAAACUACCACCACAUCCCCAACUGCCCCAACUACAACAUCGUCAACAACAGCAUCAACAACGACACCCACAACGACCACAUCCACAACGGCCCCAACAACAACAUCGUCAACAACAGCAUCAACAACGACACCCACAACAAUGACAACCACAUCCACAACGGCCUCAACAACAUCGUCAACGUCAGCAUCGACAAUGACUCCCACAACGACGACAACCACAUCCACAACAGCCGCAACAACAUCGUCAACGACAGCAUCAACAACGAUGCCGACAACAACUACAACCAUAUCCACAACGGUCCCAACAACAACAUGGUCAACAACAGCAUCAACAACGACACCAACUACCACCACAUCCCCAACUGCCCCAACUACAACAUCGUCAACAACAGCAUCAACAACGACACCCACAACGACCACAUCCACAACGGCCCCAACAACAACAUCGUCAACGACAGCAUCAACAACGACUCCCACAACGACGACAACCACAUCCGCAACGGCCCCAACAACAACAUCAUCAACAACAGCAUUAACAAUGACACCCACAACGACCACAUCCACAACGGCCCGAACAACAACAUCGUCAACAACAGCAUCAACAAUCACACCAACAAUGGUGAGAACCACAUCCACAACGGCCCCAACAACAACAUCGUCAACAACAGCAUCAACAACGACACCCACGACUACAUCCACAAUGGCCUCAACAACAACUUCAACUACAGCAUCAUCAACGACACCCACAACAACUACAACCACAUCCACAUCGGUCCCAACAACAACAUGGUCAACAACAGAAUCAACAACGACACCAACUACCACCACAUCCCCAACUGCCCCAACUACAACAUCGUCAACAACAGCAUCAACAACGACACCCACAACGACCACAUCCACAACGGCCCCAACAACAACAUCGUCAACGACAGCAUCAACAACGACUCCCACAACGACGACAACCACAUCCGCAACGGCCCCAACAACAACAUCAUCAACAACAGCAUUAACAACGACACCCACAACGACCACAUCCACAACGGCCCGAACAACAACAUCGUCAACAACAGCAUCAACAAUCACACCAACAAUGGUGAGAACCACAUCCACAACGGCCCCAACAACAACAUCGUCAACAACAGCAUCAACAACGACACCCACGACUACAUCCACAAUGGCCUCAACAACAACUUCAACUACAGCAUCAUCAACGACACCCACAACAACUACAACCACAUCCACAUCGGUCCCAACAACAACAUGGUCAACAACAGAAUCAACAACGACACCAACUACCACCACAUCCCCAACUGCCCCAACUACAACAUCGUCAACAACAGCAUCAACUACGACACCCACGACGACCACAUCCACAACGGCCCCAUCAACAACACUGUCAACGACAGCAUCAACAACCACACCAACAACGGUGAGAACCACAUCCACAACGGCCCCAACAACAACAUUGUCAACAACAGCAUCAACAACGACACCCACAACAAUGACAACCACAUCCACAACGGCCCCAACAACAACAUCAACGACAGCAUCAACAACGACACCCACAACGACGACAACCACAUCCACAACGGCCCCAACAACAACAUCAUCGACAACAGUAUCAACAACGACGCCCACAACCACUACAACCACAUCCACAACUGCCCCAACAAUAACAUUGUCAACAACACCAUUAACAACGACACCCACAACGACCACAUCCACAACGGCCCCAACAACAAUAUCAUCGACAACAGCAUCAACAACGACGCCCACAACCACUACAACCACAUCCACAACGUCCCCAACAACAACAUCAACGACAGCAUCAACAACGAAACCCACAAUGACCACAUCCACAACGGCCCCAACAACAACAUCGUCAACAACAGCAUCAACAACCACACCAAUAACGGUGAGAACCACAUCCACAACGGCCCCAACAUCAUCAUCAACAACAGCAUCAACAACGACACCCACAACAAUGACAACUACAUCCACAGCAGCCCCAACAACAGCAUCAACGACAACAUCAAUGACACCCCUGUCCAGACUGGGCCCCACAACAGCAGUAUCGACAACAGCAUCAACAACGGCACCCACAACAAUGACAACCACAUCCACACCGGCCCCGACAACAUCAUCAACAACACCCACAACAACAACAACCACAUCCACAGUGGCCCCAACAACAUCAACAACAGCAUCAAUGACAACCACAUCCACACCAGCCCCAACAAUAGCAUUAAUGACACCCAUAAUGACAACUACCACGUCCACAGCGGCCCCAAUAUCAUCAACAACAGCAUCAAUGACAACCACAUCCACACCAGCCCCAACAACAGCAUCAACGAUACCCAUAAUGACAACUACCAUGUCCACAGCGGCCCCAUCAUCCUCAUCAACAGCAUCAAUGACAACCACAUCCGCAGCAGCCCCAACAUCAUCAGCGACAGCAUCAAUGACAACCACAUCCACAGCAUCCCCAACAACAGCAGCAACGACAACAUCAAUGACACCCCUGUCCACAGUGGCCCCAACAACAACAUUGUCAACGACAGCAUCAACAACGACACCCAGAACAAUGACAACCACAUCCACACCGGCCCCGACAACAUCAUCAACGACACCCACAAUGACAACAACCACGUCCACAGUGGCCCCAAGACCAUCAACAACAGCAUCAAUGACAACCACAUACACACCAGCCCCAACAACAGCAUCAACGAUACCCAUAAUGAAAACUACCACGUCCACAGCGGCCCAAACAUCAGCGACAGCAUCAAUGACAACCACAUCCACAGCAGCCCCAACAACAGCAUCAACGACAACAUCAGUGACAACCCUGUCCACACUGGCCCCCAUAACAACAUUAUCGACGACAGCAUCAACAACGGCACCCACAACGACGACAACCCCAUCCACAGCGGCCCCAACAACAUUAUCAAUGACAACCCCAUCCACAGCUGCCCCAACAACAUUAUCAAUGACAGCAUCAAUGACAACCACAUCCACACCAGCCCCAACAACAGCAUCAACGAUACCCAUAAUGACAACUACCAUGUCCACAGCGGCCCCAACAUCAUCAUCAACAGCAUCAAUGACAACCACAUCCACAGCAGCCAGAACAACAUCAUCAGCGACAGCAUCAAUGACAACCACAUCCACAGCAGCCCCAACAACAACAACAUCAACGACAGCAUCAACAACGACACCCACAACAAUGACAACCACAUCCACACUGGCCCCGACAACAUCAACGACACCCACAAUGACAACAACCACGUCCACAGUGGCCCCAACACCAUCAACAACAGCAUCAAUGACAACCACGUCCACAGCAGCCCCAACACCAGCAUCAACGAUACCCAUAAUGACAACUACCAUGUCCACAGCGGCCCGAACAUCAUCAGCGACAGCAUCAAUGACAACCACAUCCACAGUAGCCCCAACAACAGCAUCAACGACAACAUCAGUGACAACCCUGUCCACACUGGCCCCCAUUACAACAUUAGCGACAACAGCAUCAACAACGGCACCCACAACGACGACAACCCCAUCCACAGAAGCCCCAACAACAUUAUCAAUGACAACCCCAUCCACAGUGGCCCCAACAACAUUAUCAAUGACAGCAUCAAUGACAACCACAUACACACCAGCCCCAACAACAACAUCAAUGACAACAUCAAUGACAACCCUGUCCACAGUGGCCCCCACAACAUUAUCGACAACAGCAUCAACAACGGCACCCACAACAAUGAUAACCACAUCCACACUGGCCCCGACAACAUCAUCAACGACACUCACAACAACGGCCAUGUCCACAGUGGCCCCAACAACAUCAUCAAUGACAACCCUGUCCACAGUGGCCCCAACAACAACACUAUCAAUGACAGCAUCAACAAUGACACCCACAACAAUGACAACCACAUCCAUACCGGCCCCGACAACAUCAUCAACGACACUCGCAACAACAACCACGUCCACAGUGGCCCCAACAUCAUCAACAACAGCAUCAAUGACAACCACAUCCACACCAGCCCCAACAACAGCAUCAACGACACCCAGAACGACAACAACCGCUUCCACUGUGGCCACAACAACAUCAUCAUCAAGGACAACAUCAAUGACAACCCUGUCCACACUGGGCCCCACAACAACAUUAUCGACAACAGCAUCAACAACGGCACCCACAACAAUGACAACCACAUCCACACCGGCCCCGACAACAUUAUCAACGACACUCACAACAACAGCCAUGUCCACAGUGGCCCCAACAACAUCAUCAAUGACAACCCUAUCCACAGCGGCCCCAACAACAUUAACAAUGACAGCAUCAACGACAACCACAUCUACAACGGCCCCAACAUCAUCAUCGACAGCAUCAAUGACAACUACAUCCACAGCAGCCCCAUCAACAUCAUCAACGACAACAUCAAUGACAAACCUGUCUACAGUGGCCCUAACAACAACAUUAUCAACGACAGCAUCAAUAACGGCACCCACAACGAUGACAACCACAUCCACACCGGCCCCGAAAACAUUAUCAACGACACUCACAACAACAGCCAUGUCCACAGUGGCCCCAACAACAUCAUCAAUGACAACCCUAUCCACAGCGGCCCCAACAACAUUAACAAUGACAGCAUCAACGACAACCACAUCUACAACGGCCCCAACAUCAUCAUCGACAGCAUCAAUGACAACUACAUCCACAGCAGCCCCAUCAACAUCAUCAACGACAACAUCAAUGACAAACCUGUCUACAGUGGCCCUAACAACAACAUUAUCAACGACAGCAUCAAUAACGGCACCCACAACGAUGACAACCACAUCCACACUGGCCCCGACAACAUCAUCAAUGACACCCACAACGACAACAACCACGUCAACAGCGCCCCCAACAUCAUCAACGACAGCAUCAACGAGAUCCGCAACAAUGACUACCACCUCCACAGUGGCCCCAACAACAUCAUUAACGACAUCCCCGUCCACAGCAGCCCCAACAACAACAUCAUUAACAACAGCAUCAAUGACAACAUCAACAACGACACCCACAAAGACAACAACCACGUCCACAACAUCAUCAACGACAACAUCAAUGACAUCCCCAUCCACAGUGGUCCCAACAACAACAUUAUCGACAGCAUCAAUAACGACACCCACCAUGAACAAAACCACGUCCACACCGGCUCCCUCAACAUCAUCAAUUACACCCACAAUGAAAACAACCACGUCCACAGUGGCCCCAACAUCAUCAACGACAGCAUCAACAACAACGUCUGUACCUCCAUCCACAGUGCGAAUCACAACAAUAACUGUGGCACAAACAACAACUACCACUUUAACCGCAGCCACAGUGCCUAUCGCAACAACUCCAGCACAAAUAAGAACUACCACUAAAACUCAAACUGUAGUGCCAUCCACAACAGCAUCUCCAACACAAACAAUCACCACAUUAACUCUAACCUCAGAGCCAAUCACAGUGGCAAAUCUGGAACAUACAACCAGCACAUUAACUCUAACCCUGAAGCCAAUUUCAAUGACAA